CACUUGGAAUUUCUGCAUAUGAUAUAAUACGUAAUGCCAAGGAUAAGGAAUAUUAUCCUUAUGUUUAUAUUGCUAGUGGAAGUUAUUUUCUUACGGGCUUUGUUACUGUUUUACUUGGAUGGUGUCGUCUGAAUCUUGUAAAAAAUGCUUUAGCUAAUAUACCAAAAUCUUCCAUGCCAAUCAAAAAUAGAGAUUUACCCAAUUCUGUGUUUAAUCUUAUUACUGGUGAGUUGACACGUGUGUCCAUGAUUGCUUGGACAGGUGAACCGAAGCCCGAAGAUGUUAAUCUGCCAGGGUGGGGUCGACCAGGUUCCGACUUUGAUGAUAUUCAUUUCAAAUCAUCAAUGAUAAAUACAUUUUCUCUAAUAGAACAAACUGCUUUAAAAAAAAACUCGUCUUUAAAGCGGCAGCCUUCAAUGUCCGUACAACGAUACAUUGAUCUCUUAAUUGAACAUAGAGUCAUAGACCGCGGCUUAGGCCAUGCUUAUGUAGAAGGCUAUGAAAGAGCGCGCUUUAGUGAGGAUGAAGUUCCUCAAGAACAGUAUACAGAGUUCAUGAAACUUGUUCUUCAAUUAUUACGCCGAUUAGGAUAUAAUGGAGAUUAG